AUUUUUUUCAUUGUUCUUUUAAUUAUUUCUAUUAUCUUCAGUUCUCCAAUAUUUGAUUUGAUCCUGUUUGCAAAGUCCAGAACGUGUGUCCAUUCGUUAGAUGUCCUGGAACUUUUCAGACCGAGAACCAUAUCGCAGGUUGUCAAUCCAUGAACAAGUACCUGCGGGCCAUUUCCCUAAGAUUCCCAGUGAUACCUACGCCGCUUUGCAUUAGUUGUUCCCCGUGAAGCCGACCAUCUUUAAGUCCCGAGUCGCAAAUUUUCACAGGUUUGGAGGCCCCGUUACGAUGUGGGCGCGAGCGAUUCGAGGAAGGGUGGUCAGAGUGCCCCCGGCCCUACCCUUUACAAUCCGAGACCGUGUGCUUGCUGGAGGCUGUACGUUUGCAGUAGGCGAAAGAGUAUACUUGACAAGUAAUUCUGCUGCGAGACCGGCUGGCAAUGAGACUGCUCUCAACUCCACGCCCGAUCUAGGACAAGACGAGCCUACGCCAGACUUGCAGACUGUGAAGGCAAAGACAGGAGAGGAUAGUGCUACCAAUUCCCCAUCCAGUCAAGGAAAUAAAGUUCCCGAUUCAGAUUCCCGGUCCCGGGAUGCAGGGCCCCCAUCACUUCUUGAAGUUGCAAAGGCAGGGACAUCUUCAAAAAUCUAUCUCGAUGUUUCUCGGAAAGUUAUCGACAUAGAACUAAAAUGGAUGAAAAAUCGUCGAGAUAUCUCAGACCGUGUCGCAAAAAUGUUAAGGAGUGGACAGAUUGCCCUAGCGGCAGAACUGGUUCGUACGGCGCAGAAGCGAGGGAUGGAGUGUACAGUGGCGUGGAACCAUUUGAUGACCUUCUCAAUGGAAAAGGGAGAACCAUUAGCUGCCUUUAAAUUCUAUAACGAUGUUAAUGAAAAAAAGAGGAAGGAAGCCGAACGACAGGACCUACACUAUUAUGCUGAAAGGUCUGGCUAGCGCUCCGCGAGAUCCAGCACUCCACCCUGUGAGGGCCGCCUACGCUAUCUACAGAUCCUCAUUCGCAUCAAAUACCCACCCCAAUAUUUAUCACAGCAACUCUAUGCUUGAUGUUUGCCGUCGUCACGGGGACAUGGAUAUGUUAUGGCAGGUUGCUGGCGAAUUACCCGAAGAAGGACCAGACGCGCCAGAUCGGCGAUCGUACACUGUCAUCUUGCACUCUAUCCGAGAAGCCUCGCAGAGAGACGUUGCGAAAAUGCAAAAGCAGGAAGUGGAUAAAAUUCUGGAACGUAAAUCUCAAAGUGUACUAGAGGCUAAAAGGGUAUGGACUGAUAUUGUCUUUCGGUGGAAGAAAGGGCAAUUGUCCAUAGACAACGUUCUUGUGGGCGCAAUGGCCGAGGCUCUUUUAGAUAGUUCCAGCGAGCGCGACUGCUACAAUGUUUUUGCUUUGUACCAUCAGACGCAUGGCAUUCCAGUCUUGGCGGAUAAGCCAGCUGACUUUGCAAACAACCCAAAGGCCACGUUAAAGAAGAGCCGCAAGAGGGGAGCAGGGGAAGUUGAGGAUGUCCCAUUUGUUGACGAGCAUGACUUAUUAGUUGCAAAAGAGACAGGUAUGACCAAGGAGCCGGAACAAGAGACUUUUGAGGGACUCUUCGACCCAGUCGUUCCAGCAAAGAUGGCAGCGAACAGGAGAAAAAAUGAACAACCUACGCCUUCAUACCUUGAGCCUGGCAACAAGGAGCUUACGCUGAUAUUGGAAGCUUGCCGAACGAUGACUCAAGCCGUCGGAACUGGAAAGGCCUAUUGGGAGCGUCUUACCCACGAAGAUCAUGAAUACAAUAUCGAACCUGAUAUACAUUCAUUCCACCAAUAUCUGCGACUCCUACGUGUCAGCCGUUCCAGCCGCAUGGCUGUUGAUCUAAUCCGUGAUGAAAUGAUACCUACUGAGCAACUACAGAGGAAAACAUUCCAUAUUGCCCUCAGCUGCUGUCGUCGCGAUCGCAAAAAUAUCAACGUCUUUAAACACGCCAAUGAGCUUCUUGAUCUCAUGAACUCACAUCUACCUCUUCCCGAGACUCGAGCAUUACUUACUUACCUGGAGAUAGUAGAUAUCCUGGCCGACAGCCCCAAUUCACUCUUGGCAUUUGAUACUGGAGACGAAUACCAUUCCACCAAACUCGACGUCCUUGGCCGGAAAUUGCAGUCAAGUUUGAGGACCACUGCUGUCUCUCAUUUGCGCCCACAUGUGGCUAAACUCGAAGCCGCUAUAGUGCAAGAGCCGUCCAAGGUGUCCUCGUCUAGAAACGUACAAGCAAAGAAAACCUUCAUGGAUGCUGUUCCUGGCUAUCUGGCCCUGAAAGUACUGGUUAGGACAAGGGCGCUAAUAGACACAAUUUUGAAACCAGAGAACGAAUCAUUUCUCUCUGAGGCCGAUUGCCAGCUGCUCCAGAAGGAGUCCCAACGAUUGAAAAAGUACUCGGACCAGAGUUUUGCCUCCAAAUUCAAAUCGUCAUACGUGGUAGCACCUGCAUUGCAGAGCAAAAACGCUGACUAGGCAGACAAAUAAGGAGGAUGAAUCCGGUACUGGAGAAGCUUAGGCAAGAAAGCAGAAGCUUGACCAGCACCAGGGAUACUGCCUUCUACGAAUUACACUUGAUUCUCUCUCUAUCAUCCAUCUCACAUCGUUUCCCAACGUUUCAGGACUUUUCUUACUGGAUCCACACGACUCUUGGCGUCAUGCAUUGCAUAUUUGGCGUUUGGUAUAUAUCUUGUCCUCUGUGGAAAAAAUGUAUUUAUAGAUAUGACCGUUUCUCUGUAGACUAAUGCUUGCUGGGCUUGAGCCUGGGUCAAUUGGGGCACUGGGUAUGCUGUACAUACUUAUAAAUACCAUCUCAUGAUACAACCUGCAGAUGAAUUAUGCGCACUUCAGCUCUGUCAUUAUUCAGAAUGGAAGGAACGGUUUACCUAGGUAGCAUAUAUGUAGCAAAUAUGUGCGACGGCCUUCCAGCUUCCUCUUCUGUCCGCGCCGCUUUUGUGAGGGUCCACGUGACUGUAGCCUGACUCUGUUGGAUCACGUGGGAUUCUGCCGCAUAGGUCCGCCCUCGCUGACCCUUUUCACCACGUAGGCCUAUCUAGCUAGUCACCAACCAACGAUACACCUCCAUUAGCUAAGCCGCCAUAUCACGUGACCUUUUCCAUAUCAAACCACUCCUAAUAAUCUUAAGGUCUUCACAUUGUCACGCUGGUGAUUAUAUCGUCGGGAAUAUCUUGUUUUGAGCUCAUCAUAUCAUUUAACAA